AUGCUCAAAUCUCUCCGCCGAUCUUUUGGCAUGAGCCCAAGCUCAUCCGACCUUCAGGACUACAUCAGUCACACAAACAGCGACGGUGUACUCUCUCCAUCCAACAAGCCAAACACCUUCGUACCACUCCGUCGAUCCAACAGCUUCACCAACUUUUUCUCCUCUUCUCGCCCAUCAUCGCCUGUCAAGGAGAGCUUCGAUCAAAGUAGCCUCAAUGCCGUCGCAUCUCCUGCUAAAGCAUCCUCUUCGGCGGCGAGCGUGCAAGUCGAUACAGAUGUCAUUCUCGCUUACCUUGUGCUACUCGACAAGAAAGGAAGGCAGAAGGAACGCUUCCCAAUUCAGAAUGCAAGGACGACCAUGGGUCGGUCCCUCGACAAUGACGUUCGCUUCCUCGUCAACGAUGUCAGCCGACACCACUGCACAAUUGAGAUCGAGAUCAAGCAAGAUCGGCUCUCCGACGGCACGGACGCAUUCUUGCAGGUCUUGGGCGCCAACGGAGUGCUUCUCAAUGACACCCAGGUACUUCCCGCACCACGCGGAGUGGGUCGAUACCAGCUGCAAAGCGGCGACUCUAUCAAAAUCGCCAAGCGCUGCUUCAUCUUCGAGCUGCCUUCGCACGACUCACAAUCCUCGACUUCCACCAUCUUCUCUUCGCCGGUCAAAGGCAGCGUACAGCCUGCUGUACCGCAGACACCCUCGAACAGGAGAAGAGUAAGGAUGAGUCUGGUCAAUGCGGCUCAGAUCAACACUCCUGCGCGGCCCUCGAAGAAGUCGGACUCUCCAUCAAAGACCGCCACUUCUGAGCGGGACACUCGAAGGGCCAAUGGGCUGCAACGCUUUAUGCAGUCCGCCAAUGUCAGUCCGGGCAAGUCGCGCAAGAAUAAGUCUCGCCAGAGCCUCACCUCAUCUACCUCCGCCACCGACAUGUUCGGCACUCCUGCCAAGACCCGCACCUCCCUCGUCAUCCCCAACACGGCACCACCCAAGCAGGUCAGCUUCAGCCUUUACGCUAAUUCAUUCACUGGCCGACUCAGUCCUGUCAAGCAGAUGAGGAUGAUGCCGCCUCUUGACACCAUGAACGAGGAGCAGGACGGCAGCUUCCACAGCGAGAACAACGAAUCUUUCAGGAAAGAUGACGCAAUGGAAGAGCAAGCUGACAGCUCAGACUCCCAGCAGGACGAAUCCUCCGAAGAUCUCGUCAUCGUUGAAGAGCUCGAACAAGAGCAAGAGCCCUUGGAGGCCGAAAUUGUGCAGAGCGAGCCUCAACCAGCAGAGGAGGUGGAAUCCGCGGCGAACGAGGUCGUCAACACGAAGAACGUUCAACCUGCAACACCAAGCAGCUCCUCGGCAUCCGAUGCCUCGCCAAGCAAGAGCGGCAGUCCAAAGCGCGCGAAACGACGCAGCAGCUUCUUCGGUCGUGCCGGUCCCUUUGCAGGCAUCAACCUCGGCUUCUACGCUGAAGAGCGCACUGAAAGCAAAGAGCCCGCCAAGGAAGUCGAGCAGGUCGAAGAGCCCAAUGAAGAGUUCUCGGACGCUUCAGAUGUCGAGCAAGCGCAAAUGGAAGACGAGACGCCCGCGCCUCAAGCAGCUUCCAGUCCUGUCGCUCGCCGCGUCGUGUCCAGGGCUAUCGGCAUGAGCAAGACGCCUUCUCCGGUCAAGCACCAGCAUUUUGCGGGUCUCACACCGCUUGCUCGCCGCCCACGUCUCAGCCUCGCUUCUCGCCGCAAGGUUUCGCUUCGCACACAGACUUUGCUCCGAUCGAGCGAAGCUUAUGCCGAUCGACUGUUCCUGCCCCCUCCGCCCUCGACGCCAAAUGGCCCCUCAUCACUAUCGAAAUCAAUGUCGAUGCCGUCCGAUCUCUCGGAUUUCUCUUCCGAUGAGCUGGAACCUGCCUCUGAGCAGCUCGACGCCAACGACUUUGACGCCGAGCGCGACCCAGCCAUGGGCAAGGAGGCGGAAGAGGAAGCAUGGAAGGACUCUGAAGAUGACGAGGACGAAGUUGACCAGAGCCUGUCAGCCAUCUCGCCUUCUCCGCUACCUGCUCACCUCUUCAGCCCUGUCAAGGCUUCGACCCUGCCCAAGUUCGCAACUCCCCAGCCUGCUUCCAGGACCCACUCUCGCCGCAUCUCGAUGCCUCCUGCAGGUGCCGCGGACGUCAAGCCUUCGAUCCGCUCAACUCUGAUCCGUCUUCAGAUCAGUGGCGCAGGCGAGCGAAUCGUUCACCAGGCGCCUCGCAUGGAGGAAGCGGCCUCUGCUGAGGUCGCCCGGGCAGACCGAACGUCUCCUUCCAAGGCGAGGAAGGUAGUGCGGGUUUCAGACGUCGGUCUUCCAGCUACCGAGCUGUCGAUGGGCUUCGAUCUCGUCCAAGACGGUGCUGCCGAGCACGAUUCGAACAACAUCGCAGGGGCGCUCAAUGACCUGUUCACGGCCGAGCAAGAGGAGCUGACCGAUGACGAGGACGAGGAAGAGUACGAAGAGCAGGAAGAGAUCGUCCAGAUCAGCUCCAAGAUCCAAGAAAGUCCUGCACGAAAGACGACCUCCGUCGCUGCGCCUUCGCAGGCUCCUCAGACGCCGGCCGCACUCAACUCGGUGCGCCACCUCUUCUCCGCCGCCGCAGUCGCCGCUCCUGCCACACCAGAUAUGCACGGCCUUGGCUCGAUGCUCGACGCCAGCCCGAGUAAGACUCCCAGGUACGGCUCCCUGGGCGACAGGAUGCGAUCCAGCCCGGAGGGCAGCGAGCUGCUCUCUCCAUCCAAGUCGUCACCCAGGAAGAAGGCGAUCCUUGGCUCGAGCCCGGAAAAGGCUCGACGUGGCGUUCGUCGAAGUCAAGCGGCCGAGGUCGCAGUGCCGGCCGUCCGAGCUGAUGCUCCUGCAGCGGUGCCAGACCAAACUUCGGAGACAGCGACAGAGCAGCCUGCGUUCGAAGCCGAGCUGCACGUGACCAUGCUCGAUGCGUCGGCUAUGGAUGCACAGAACGAGGCCAUCGCACAAGCGUUUGCCGCAACCGAGGAACAUGCUGUUGAUGCUGAAGAGGUCCUGGAGGACUUUGCCGCGACUUCGAUCAUCGAAGACGUCAUUCUCGAGGAGCCCGCUGGAGAGGAAGAGCUUGCCGACGAAGAGACCGCCCAGGUCGACGCAUCACCCGUCGAUGACCCGAUCGAGGAGGCCGUAGCCGAGCCUGCCGUUCCAGCUGCCCGGGCACCUGUCGCCGUCGAAGAGCGGGCGGAAGAAGUCUCGCCCGUCGAGCAGCCAGCGACUGUCGAACCAUCGCCUUCCAAGACGCGAGCCUCUCGUCGUGCCGCCUCUGCCUCGCCCGUCAAGCGCACAGCUCGAUCAGCAUCUCCGACCAAGCGCGCCCUCCGGUCGUCGCCAGUCAAGCGCGGCGCUGCUUCCGAAGUCUUUGCGGAAGAGACGGUGCAAGAGGCUGUGCAGGAACCUGAAGCACCUGUUCUAGAGGCUCAGCCCGAAGAAGCUGCAGCUGAGCCCGAAGCGGCAGCCGAGCUCGAAGUGUCCUCUCCAGCUAAGCCCGCGCGCAAAACCGGUGGCCGAAAGGCCAAGCAAGCAGCGACCGAGGCACUUGUGACAUCGACGCCGGCGCCUUCGUCUCCUGAAAAGCCUGCGCCGACAAAGCGAGGCAGGGCUGCCAAGAAGGCCGAGGCUGAGCAGACGCACGAUGAGGAGGAGCGGAGCGAGCACGAAGAGGCCAUCGAGGUGGCGGAAGAAGCGCCGAAGCGGGCUACUCGAGCACGUGCCACUCGCGCGAAGCCUGCUGCAAAGCCCGCUCGUACCACACGCGCGCGUGCGGUCAAGGCUACCGAACCCGCCCUUCCCUCCUCCAGCGCAGGGUACGGCGACGACGAGGCGAGCGAGGAGGAUGUCCCUGCCGCACCGGUCAAGACGAAGCGAGCAACUGCGUCUCGAGCUAAGACCACUAAGACCGCAAAGGCUGCUGCUGCAGUGGAGGCGAGCGAAGCUGAGGAGCACUCGGCGGACGAGCCUGAAGCGGUCAAAGCGAAAGCCCCAGCCCGCACUACCCGCACAAAGGCCAGUACGACCAAGAGUAAGAGCAAGGCGAGCGCAGCAGAGUCCGAGGACACGACUUCGUCCGCAACGACCGGCACCACCACCCGCUCCGGCCGCACCACCAGACGCACCGCCAAAUAG